AUGACUCGGUCGCUAUGUCUGGCCGAAGACUCCGACCGGAGCUGCGGCUUGCUCAGGAAGAUCUCCGAGUACAGGCACCAGGUGUCCAUCACGAAGCUCGUGGUGCUCGCAUGUCUACUUGCCGUAUGCGCCGUGGUCUACCGGAUCUGUCUGAACACGAUGUACUGUCAACGCCGCCGGGUCGACCGAGCAGCGCAGCGCGAAGAGAGGAAAGCUCGCCGGGCCUACAAGGCUGCCGCACGACGGCUCCGAUGGCAUCGCUGGUGGGAGAGGAAGCCUACUACUGAUUCGCCAGCUCCGGAACCCGAGAAUGAACUCUUCGUCAUAGACAUGCCGCCGGAAGAGCCCGGUCGAAUGCAGGUGGGCUCGGACGCGGCUUCUCUGCCCGGAGGCAUGCAAGAUGAACUGCAGAACUUAAGACAGACACUUGCAUGCGUCGGGAAAUUGAUCGGGGCGGAGAACAUCCAGAGUACAACGCAGCAGGAUCUGGUCCGACCAGAUGGUGAUCAAGUACCAAGCCUGCAUGGUAAGCGCCGCAUGUCCUCGGAGACGCUCGCUACGUCGACUGUCGGAUUAUCGACUAUCACGUUUACUGCGACGAGUAGUCGAGUGAGUCAUGGGCCUGGGUCCUCUAAGACGGUGAAAUCAGUGGACACGCUAGAUUCGGCCCCUCCACCUAGCUACAGAUCAUGA